AUGCUUGAUGGCUCUGACUACAUGUCUAUGGCAUUACAUUGCAUUAUCUCAUUAGGUGGAGGACUUUGUAAUGUUUUUCUUAUUUUCCUUGUUCUCACUAGCACUCCAGCUAUACUGAGAUCGUACAGUAUGUUGAUUCUCAAUGCUGCCCUUACUGAUGCGCUAGCCUGCUUUUCAAGUUUAUUCACCAUGACAAGAAUUAUACCUGCUGGGCCGGCACUAACCUAUGUCUUCCAUGGACCAUGUCAAUUCUUUGGAGCAGAGUUCUGUUACUACACUUAUUGCUUCUUGCUACACACUCUGGCUCAUUCGUUGUUUGUGAUCCUGGCUUCCUUCAUCUACAGGAACCACGUAAUCUCCGAGCCUAACCUACGAGCACGUGCCGUAUGUUUCUGUCUUCUACUGGUGUAUCUACCAUCCUUCACCCAAUUUAUACUGUUCUGCAUUUCAUUAGGAGACUUGGACAAAAUAAUGGCUAUCCUACAUGAAGCAUAUCCUCAUUAUGACUUCACUGGUCUGACGAUUGCAGGAAAUGAAAAGGUUCUGUCUCCGAUCGUCAUCGUGCAAAUUCUCUACGUAACAGUUCCUUCUGUUCCUGUUUAUAUAGCUAUUACUCUCAUAAGAAGAAAUAUAUAUAACACAUUGAAAGAGAAAUCACAACACUUCAGUGAGGCAACCAUUCGAACGCACAAACAACUCGCAAAAGCUUUAACCAUUCAAGCUUGUUUACCGGCAACAUUUGUUAUAGCUGUAACAUUCUAUACCUCACUUCAGCUCGACAUCUAUCGAUCACCAAUAUUUGAAAAAUUGGUAUUUGUGAUAGUGUCGUGUGUUCCUAUGGGAGGACCAUUCGUCUCAAUCUAUUUCAUAAAGCCAUAUCGUGAGAAAACAUUGGAGUUACUUGGAAAAAGCAAAGAGAAGACAAUGAUAUCAAUCAGCACAGUAUCAAAUUCAUACAAAGCAUAA